AUGGCACGCCACCCUGCUAUCAGUGCUCGCCCUCUCGCGGCAGCUGUCCUCUUCCUCUGCCUGCUGUCGGCCUGCCGCGCGGCGGCCGGCUCCGGCGGCAAACCCAGCGCCGUGGUGCUGCCGGUGAGCAAGGACGACGCCACGCAGCAGCACGUGACGGGGUUCCGGCAGCGCACGCCGCUGGUGCCGGUGAAGGCCGUGCUGGACCUGGCGGGAGCCACGCUCUGGGUGGACUGCGACGCUGGGUCGUACGCGUCCUCCACCUACAGCCGCGUGCCGUGCGGGUCCAGCCUCUGCCGCCUCCUCUCGCGGUCGGCGGCGGCGGCCUGCGCCACCACCUGCUCGGGCGCCCCGAGCCCGUCCUGCCUCAACGACACCUGCGGCGGGUUCCCUGAGAACACGGUCACGCGGCUCAGCACGGGCGGCAACGUCAUCACCGACGUGCUGACGCUGCCCACCACGUCCCGCCCGGCCCCGGGCCCGCUCGCCACGGCGCCCGCGUUCCUCUUCGCCUGCGGGUCCACGUUCCUGACUCAGGGCCUGGCCGCGGGCGCCGCUGGGAUGGCGUCGCUCAGCCGCGCCCGCUUCGCGCUGCCCACGCAGCUCGCCUCCACGUUCCGCUUCUCCAGGAAGUUCGCGCUCUGCCUGCCGUCGUCCGCGGCCGCGGCGGGCGUCGUCGUCUUCGGCGACGCGCCCUACGCGUUCCAGCCCGGGGUGGUGCUGUCCGACGCGUCGCUCACUUACACCCCGCUCCUCGUCAACCCGGUGAGCACGGCGGGCGUGUCCGCCAGGGGCGACAAGUCGGACGAGUACUUCGUCGGCGUCACGGCCAUCAAGGUAAACGGCCGCGCCGUGCCGCUGAACGCCACGCUGCUGGCCAUCGACAGGAAGGGCGGCGUGGGCGGGACCAAGCUCAGCACGGUGGCGCCCUACACCGUGCUGCAGUCCUCGAUCUACGAGGCCGUCACCGACGCGUUCGCGGCCGAGACGGCCAUGAUCCCGCGGGCGCCGCCCGUGGCGCCGUUCAAGCUGUGCUACGACGGGAGCAAGGUGGGGAGCACGCGCGUGGGCCCGGCCGUGCCCACCAUCGAGCUGGUUCUCGGGAACGAGGCCACGUCGUGGGUGGUGUUCGGGGCGAACUCGAUGGUGGCCACCGAGGACGGGGCGCUGUGCCUCGGCGUGGUGGACGGCGGCAAGGCGCCGCGGACGUCGGUGGUGAUCGGCGGGCACAUGAUGGAGGACAACCUGCUGCAGUUCGACCUGGAGGCGUCGCGGCUCGGGUUCAGCUCCUCGCUGCUGUUCAGGCAGACCACCUGUAACAACUUCCACCUCGGCUAG